AUGGACAGGGCCAGGCGGCGGCAGAUGCUGGGCCUCCUCCCCGUCGGCCUCGCCCUGGCCUGCUCCCUCGCCGCCGUGGGCAGCAGCCACUGGUGCCAGGGGACCCGGAGGGUGACCAAGCCGCUGUGCCCGGGCAGGCUGCCCUGCAUUCGCUCCGACGGGGGCAGGAGGGACAACGCGAGCCAGGCCGUCCAGGACAUUUGGGAGACGGGGGACGACAAGUUCAUCCUGCGCAGGUUCCACGCGGGGCUCUGGCAGUCCUGUGAGGAGAGCGUCGGCAGCACAGGUGAAAAGUGUAGGAGUUUCCAGAGCAUCAUACCAGCUGAAGAACAAGGUGUUCUGUGGCUGUCCAUUGGGGCCGAGAUCAUGAAUAUUUUUCUGAUGAUGACAAGUGCCAUCCUCCUGGGCUCCAGAGUGAGUUAUCAUCACUCUCAUUUCCAUCAGCUCAAAGUGGAUGCCUCUGUAGCCAUCCUCAUGGUGCUUGCAGGGCUUCUCAGCAUGGUGGCCCACAUGAUGUACACAACCAUUUUUCAAAUCACUGUGAACCUUGGACCAGAAGAUUGGAGGCCUCAGACGUGGGACUACGGCUGGUCCUACUGCCUCGCGUGGGGUUCAUUUGCCCUCUGCAUGACUGUGUCGGUCAUGGCCAUGAACAGAUAUACAGCAGCCCGCCUGGAGUUCACAGAGAAGCAGAAGGUACAGAAGGGAAGUCAGCACUCUCAACUCAACUGCCCAGAGCCCAAGGCUUUGGAAAGUAUUUGGGAAACAGAAGCUGCUCCCAGCCCUGCCGGGAGUGCCCUCACAAGUGUCUCUGAGCACCUGCCACCAAGUGCCCCCGGCAAGGUGUCCAUGUGCUAGACAAUGCUUGUGGCUACCGAAUGCGCACAGGCAGGCAAGCCAGGCACCCGUGUCCACAAUGCACAUCUCUGGGGUGGAAUUCACAAGGCUGUGGUCCAGGUAAACCUUCUGCCCACCAUCUAACCCUUUAUUAAACAGCUUUGGCUUCAGCUACGAUUCCUAGUAAAAUGCCAGUGUCUUUAAAUGAGAUUACUCUUACAGGAGAUAUCAACCAUUGACACUCUAGUAUAAAUGAGCACCUCAAGCUUUCCCAACAGUGAGUUUAACAAAGGUAACCAAAGAAGAGGGAACAUGUAAGCACUCAGGGUAAUAGAAGUUGAAGAAAGAGGAAAGGAAGGUUCUAACAACAAAGGGUGUGAAAUGUGUUGCCCAUACAUGUUUGUUGACAGAAGAGCCCAGAAAAAAUUUCCCUUAACGAACACAUAAAUUGACAGUAUGCAUGUCUAUCCCAUACUUUCUCUUUUAUUUUAAUCAAGAAGGCCCAAAUUUAAAUUGAAAAAGUUGGUUUCAUGUUUCUUUCAACAUAUAUUUUCUUUGAAAUGUCCUGAUUUCUACCUAUAGUAGGAUCCCCUUGGAAGGAUAAUCAUAUGAUAAAACAAAAUGAGAACAGUCGAAUAGAAUGACAUCUUAUCAUAAUGAAGUAGAACAAGUGUUGGAAUCAUUGUGCUUAGAUCACCAGGCUCUUUUGCUUCUAAAAAUAAAUAUGGCUUAAAUAUGCAAGUUUUGUUUGAGGCCAUGGAGUGCUGCAUGUUUGCUAAUGUGUGCAGUUACAAUAUUAUAUAAAUUUAUCUUAUCUUUUAAACUAACAUAUUAUUAAGGCCACGGGCUGUUAGACACAUCA